AUGCGGAGCGCUCCAAUCGUUCUGCUCUACGCCGCCACGUUGGCAUCGGGCAUAGUCAUCACUCCUAGAGAUGCUGGCGAGGCCCACAUUGCUGUCCGCGGCGGUGAUGAAGACCGUCAUGGCGGCGGCCCCUGGUGGGGCGGCAACGGGGGCGGCAACUGGGGCGGCAAUGGAGGUCAUGGUGGCCGGCCAACAUACACCCAGCGUCCGCCGCCCCCGGAGGAAACCACUCCAUGCGAGACCGAGACGCCUCCUCCCGUAGAGACCACCCCGUGUGAGACCGAUACGCCUACUAUCACUCCGACUAUUCCCCCGGUUGUGACGCCUACCACAACCCCAUGCGAGACUGAUACUCCAACCCCAACUCUGCCUCCUGUUGUCACGCCUACCUCGACUCCCUGUGAGACCGAGACGACUCCCCCUAUUGAGACCACUACACCUUGCGAGACUGAUACGCCAACUGCCCCUCCUGCAACUACCACUCCUUGCGAGACCGACACUACCACUCCUCCUGCGUCUACCACUCCCUGUGAGACAGACACUACCACCCCCUCCUCCUGCGUCUACCACUCCCUACACUACCACCCCCUCCUCCUGCGUCUACCACUCCUUGCGAGACCGACACUACCACUCCUCCUCCUGCAUCUACCACUCCCUGUGAGACAGACACUACCACUCCUCCUCCUGCGUCUACCACUCCCUGUGAAACAGACACUACCACUCCUCCUCCUGCGUCUACCACUCCCUGUGAGACAGACACUACCACCCCCUCCUCCUGCGUCUACCACUCCUUGCGAGACAGACACUACCACUCCUCCUCCUGCAUCUACCACUCCUUGUGAGACCGAUACGACCACUCCUCCUGCACCUACCACUCCCUGUGAGACCGACACUACCACGCUUCCUCCGGUCAUCAUUACCACUACCUUCACCACUACUACUUGCCCAGUGACCUGGACUACCAUCUCCAGCGGCUCUACGUCCUUCACCCAUCCCGUGACUCAGACCAGCACGAUCACCGUGACUUCUGUCGCCACCUGCACCGAGGGCUGUAUUCAGCCCACAGUCCCUCCUACUGAGCCCACAGUCCCUCCUACUGAGCCUACAGUCCCUCCGACUGAGCCUACAGUCCCUCCGACUGCGCCUACUGUUCCUCCCACCGAGCCCACAGUUCCUCCCGUUGUUUCCUCAACUUCUGUGGUGGAGCCUCCUUCGAGCACUGAGCCGAAGCCUGUCUCUUCUUCGACCUCCGCUCCUCCUGCUCCCUCGCCUACUUUCAACAGUGCUACGACUCUCCAGAAGUCUGCAGCGGCCUUGAUUCCUGGCCUGGCUCUUCUGUUCGCUCUGCUCUAA